AUGCACCACCGAGCCAAGCGUCCGGCCUUCCAAUGUCCUCGUUGCAGGUCCCAACUUGCUAACGUCGCUGCCCUCGAGCAACACCUGUUGAUGCCCAGGGAGCAGAUGUGCGAGGUCAACGCUGAAGAGCCAGUCUUUGACCGGGAAGACGGUAUCACCGAAGAGUUAGCAGCCUUGUUAUCAGGAAAGGACAGCAAAAAUGAAGUUUGGACCUGGGAAACUAUAUGCCAGGUUCUUUUCCCUGGUGAUCCCCUUAUGGACACAGUUGAACUCUUUGAAAUCGACCAAAUCUUCGACGACACACAAGACACGCUCAAAAGCAAUCUACGCGAGAAGCUCCGUAUGCUUUUACCGCCUAAUAUAAUCGACGACGAGUACUGCUCCUUCCUAAGCACGCAACUGGAUCUAGUCUUCGAAACCCACCGUGCGAAUAUUGUGAGAAGAUGCCUGGCAUAUGCAACCGGCAAUAAAGACACUGGUGUGGGGUCAGAAAGGACCAGUGAGCAAAGGAAUGGCAGGAGGAUGUCGGUUAAGAAGCCGGCGCGGAUUUCGAGGAGGAGCACACUCAUGCAGAGUAUACAACACCAUACGACAGGGAACAAGCAUACGAGGACCUUGAGUCUGAAGCCGACUGUAGGAACGGGAGUAAGAGAGUGCGGGCAUUGGAGGAAGACCUCAAACGCUUUACCUGUCAACACCUCCUAUGUUCCCAUGGGAGCCGUCAAGACCAACACAACCACGAACGAGACUCCUCUUACGAAAGACACCAACGACAACGACAAUCAGACCCACAUCUCAGAAAUCGAGCCCGGCUCCCGCGAACAACGCGACUCGGGCAUUUCCAUCCCCAACUCCUCACAUUCUCCCCAAGGCUCAAUGCUUCCCGACGAAUCAGACAACUCAGAGCCCCCGACGCCCUCCAGCUGCCCCUCGACAUCCACCGACAUCUCAGAUGCCCAAGAUACCGACACCCAGCAGCCUGCUCAACCCCUGCCAAACCCGACUUCAACCCUUUCCAAAAGGCUCAAACCACGCCCCGGCCGCCUCAAUCUCAACGUCGGCGUCGGCCUAGGUCUAGGACUGGGUAUCGACAUCCCCUUAACUCCAAGUACCAUACUCGCCAAUCAGUUCGAGAGUAUCUCUGCCGGCGGUGCAGGACAUGCAACGGACAGGAAAGGCAGUAAUGAAAGGGGCUACCUAGGAGAGUGUCUGACUGCGCCCUUGCCGAUCGAUAGUCCGAGGGGGAGAAAUGCAGAGGAUGGGGAAUGCCAUGGGGGAUUGUUUUCUCCGGAAUCGUUUAAGCAGCGGGUGUUGAGGGGGAGGAUGUCUGGUGUUUUGGGGGGGUAG